GCCUCUCUUCCUGUUCUCCGCUUCCGUCCUCUCAGCUUCCAUACAGCACCCCCACCUGCCGGAGCCUCACUGGGCUCUCCCUGGUCUCGGUUUGUCCUCAGUGUCUCUGGCUGCAGAAGUUUCCUUGCCCCCAAUGAGAGGAGAAGUGGGGCACCGUCUCUUGAGAGCUGAGGGUUGAGGGCAUUGAGCCAACACAGUCUUGUGACCUCUACCCCCAAGAUACCUGCACCCUCCAUGAGGAGCCAAGAUGGGGAAUGGAACUGAGGAAGAUUACAACUUUGUCUUCAAAGUGGUGCUGAUCGGCGAGUCAGGUGUGGGGAAGACCAACUUGCUGUCCCGCUUCACACGCAAUGAGUUCAGCCACGACAGCCGCACCACCAUCGGGGUUGAGUUCUCCACCCGCACGGUGAUGCUGGGCACCGCUGCCAUCAAGGCUCAGAUCUGGGACACAGCUGGCCUGGAGCGAUACCGGGCCAUCACCUCGGCGUACUAUCGUGGAGCAGUGGGGGCCCUCCUGGUGUUUGACCUAACCAAACACCAGACCUAUGCUGUAGUGGAGCGCUGGCUGAAGGAACUCUAUGACCACGCUGAGGCCACUAUUGUUGUCAUGCUUGUGGGGAACAAAAGUGACCUCAGCCAGGCCCGGGAAGUACCCACUGAAGAGGCCCGUAUGUUUGCUGAAAACAAUGGGCUGCUAUUCCUGGAGACCUCAGCUCUGGACUCCACCAAUGUUGAACUGGCCUUCGAGACUGUCCUCAAAGAGAUCUUUGCGAAGGUGUCCAAGCAGAGGCAGAACAGCACCCGGACCAAUGCCAUCACCCUGGGCAAUGCCCAGGCUGGGCAGGACCCCAGCCCUGGAGAGAAGAAGGCCUGUUGUAUCAGCCUUUAACCUUGGCCACAGCCAACCCUGUCCCUGGGCUCCUGGUCCCCCAUCUUCACCCUUGCUGUGGGACUUUACCCUGCCCUAUGGUACCAUUUACAGCCCCCCAGAGCCUCAGGGUGGUCUUCACGUCACCAUGCCUGUCUCCAUUGCCUAUUCACUCAUCACAGACCAGAACUCUCAAAUAAAGCUGUGUUUUGUAGCAAUG